UUUAGUGCAAUGACUGCGAACAAGUUUGCAACCAUUUCUCCUGGCUUGGCGCGCGCUAACAAUCCAAGGUUUGGCGAUUUUAUGGUGAUUUAUACGUUCCUGUGGUUUUUCAAAACAACCCUACCACAGCGCCGAUUCCAUCAUCACACGAAGAAUACCUUGAGUUUAAUCGUUUGAUAGUAAAUAUUUUUAAGUGACAAUCGUGUUUUAUUGUAUAGGAAGUUUGAUCGAUGCCAAAAAAUAGCUAUUUCUAUUUCCUUUCGACCAAUUGAUCGUAUUUCUUACUGCUAUGCGAUUUCGCCUCUCCUUUGUUUAUGUGUGAUCCAGCUAUGUUUGUUUGAAGUACGUUGGCGUUAACUAUUAGUUAUUCGUCGUCAUGGUAAUAUGUGGAAGUAAACAAGAUGAUGAUAGCCGUCAAUUGUUGAGAAGCAUGGAAAAAAUUAAUGAACAAAAACAAGGGACUGCUUUCCAGCAUGUCAGAGAAAAUAUUGAAGAUCUCAAUGGAAGGGUUGGGGCCAGGGAUACUGAUAUUAUAUUUUUGAAAGGAUUAAUGGAAUCUCCUGUUGUCAGUUCAUUAGUAAAGGUUCAGGAUCAGUUAGAAGAUAGCUGUGAAUCAGUUCAACCUGUUAGUGUUGGAAACUAUAAAUUGUUAAAAGACGUUAAGAAAGUUUGUUGUAAUCUAACAGGCAAAGAUUCACAAGAAUUAAUCAAAUUAUUAGAUAAUCCUCAUUUUGAAGCCAUGAUUGAAGCUCAUGAUAUUGUUGCAAGUAAAAGGUAUGAUUCUCCCGAAUCUUCACCUGUUAUAUCCACUUCACCUCUUCUCCGAGUGAACAAUGGUCCGGCUACUGAAGCUGUUCGAAUGGUUGGAAUAAGAAAAACCGAUGAAGAACCACUGGGCAUUACUGUUCGAAAGGAAGAAGAUAAUCUUGUCAUAGCUAGAAUUCUUGCUGGUGGAAUAAUUGAUCGACAAGGUUUGCUAAAUGUUGGAGAUACCAUUCUAGAAGUAAAUUCUGUUGAAGUACACACCCCUAUGGAUUUACAACAACAACUUCAAAAAUCUCUUGGAAGUGUAACAUUUAAAAUUCGUCCAUCCAAUACCGAUCUCAUUGCUCCAGCUCAGACAUUUGUGAAAGCUUUGUAUGCAUAUGAUCCGUCCAAAGAUUCUCUUCUGCCUUGCAAAGAAAUUGGAUUAUCAUUCAAGCAAGGCGAUGUUUUGCAAGUUUUAAGCCAAGACGAUCCUAACUGGUGGCAGGCUAGAAGAUUAGAUGCUAUGGGUCCUGCUGGCUUAAUUCCUUCACAAGAGCUUGAGGAACGCCGGCAUGCUUUUGUCCGACCAGAAUAUGAUCAUGCAACUAAAAGCACUAUGUGUGGUACUAAAAUUACGAAGAAAAAGAGAAAAGUCUUAUAUCAAAGUAGAGCAAAUGCAGAAUUUGACAAGGCUGAAUUACUUCUGUAUGAAGAAGUUGCUCGAAUGCCACCAUUUGAAAGGAAGACUCUAAUUCUGUUAGGUGCUCAGAGUGUUGGUCGAAGAACAAUGAAAAAUAGAUUAAUAAAAGAAGAUCCUGAUAAAUUUGCUUCUCCAGUUGCCCAUACUUCACGACCAAUUAGAGAGACAGAGCAAGAUGGUAAAAAUUAUUUCUUUGUUACACGUGAAGCUAUGGAAGCUGAUAUAGCUGAAAAUAAGUAUUUGGAGUAUGGCGAACACAAUGGGCAUUUAUAUGGAACAAAGCUUGAAUCAGUGAGAGCUAUUAUUCGUUCAGGAAAAAUGUGCAUAUUAGAUUGUAAUCCACAGGCUCUGAAGAUUCUCAAGACAUCAGAAUUCAUGCCAUAUGUUGUUUUUAUUGCUGCUCCUGCUGUGGACCAAUUAAAAAAUAUGCAUGAAUUCGCUAGACCUCAUAAUUACAGCAGUAGAAAUUUAACUUUUGAUCGGGCUAUGGGUAGGCAUGGUUCAAGGCGUGCUCGAACUAUGGAAAGUUUAGCAUCUUUGUAUGAGGAGGAAGAUUUAAGAAAUACAGUUGAAGAAAGUGCAAGAUUGCAAAGGGCUUUUGACAAAUAUUUUGAUUUAGUUCUAAUGAACACAAACUUUGAGAAAACAUAUGAGCAGCUAAAAGAUGCUAUUGAUGCAUUAUCAAGUGAGCCACAAUGGGUUCCAAUUUCAUGGGUUUAUUAAUGUAAGAACUGUAUUGCUUUAAAGCUAUAUUUGUUUUAAAACAAGCUUUAAUAUAUACAUUUAUUUUUUAUUUGAGCUUGAGAGAUCUGAUUUUUAAGACUUAAGUGUAAUAUAUAUGUUGAAAAGUGUUGUACCUGGCUUUGGAAUCUGUGAUAAGCAUUCCAAGUAGUCGACAAGGAAAUAAUUUGCAUUUCAUUCUGAGUAAUUUUUUCAUUGAUUAAAUAAGGAAAUUAAGAUUUGCUUAUUCAUUCAUAUUGUCUUCCACUUAGUUAAACAAACCAUUUAUUCUUAGUCAUCAAUCAAACUGCCGUUUUUGCAUGUUUUAAAACAGAAAAUAUGUUCAUUCAUUAAAACAUUGUUCAUCUGUGACUCACAAUUUAAUUUUAGAGUUAAAUGAAAAAAUAUUAAGAUCAUUUUCUUGGGUUAGCUGAUUGCUCAUUUGGUUCACUGAUUUGUCUUAAAAGUAAAUUAUGUCUUUCAGUAGCUCUAAUUCUUAUUUUAAAUUGAUGUGACUUAGCAUAUUUUUUUUGUUGGGAUUUUUUUGUUAUUCACUAUUUUCCUUUGGGCUAUGGGAAUAUGCAUUUACUUCUGUUAAGUUGAAUCAGUAUUUGUUAUUUAUUUUUGUUUAUUGUGUUUUUUUAAUAUAUAUUUAAAAAUUAUAGGCAUUUGGUCGAUGUGAAAUUUUUUUAUAUAUUUUGUCAAUAGUAUUAGUAGAAAUAAUAAUUUUAUUUGACAUAUUACUGUGAAAAAUUAAGCUUCAUAAAUUACAGUGUUGAAAUACUGAGAAUAACCAUGGCAAAUGCUGGUAAUUCAUAUUAUAUACCUUACUUUUGAAUCUCUUUCUCAAAGUAAAGUGUGGUUUUCUUCACUUUUAUUAACCACAUAAAAGUUUGAAAAACCAAAUUUCUCACUAUUGAAUCUCCUAUUUAUUUCACAUUGAAUUUUUCCCAUAAAGUUUAAACAUGUUUUGCUAUCUACAUUGUUUUGGCCUGUAUAAAGUAUCUUACUUACGUAGUUAACUUAAGAAAAGUGGAAGAAUUAAGUGUGAAACUUUCAGUAAGUUUUUAAAGAGAUAUAUCAGGCAAAAAUAAUUUAAUUUAUAAGUUGUUUAUUCAUUAUUGCUUUAGCUUACAAAUGAUAGCAAAGCUUUAUUUUCACUUUUUCAAUGAAACUAUAUUUGUGGUUAAUUUAAAAAAGGACACCAUUUUAUAUAAUUCACAUGCUUAUAAAUGUAAAUGUGAAAUUUAGAUUUUAUCCACAAAAAUCUAGCUAGGGCAGGACACAACAUAAGAAAUUUGUUUUAGAAAUAAAUUUGUAACUUUCCUAAGUUGUGCCCUCUCCCUAUAAAUAUUUGACUUUUAUUUGCUUUCAAGAAUUUGUUGCAUGCAAAAAAGUGUUUAUUAAACUUCAAUUUUAAGAAUUUUUAUAUUUAUACUCAUGCAACCUCUUUACUAUAAUAUAGAUCUAUUUCUUUUACGCAUUCCACAAUGACUGAAAUUUAAGUUAUUAUUUUUCUAACCUUGCAUAAGAUUUUAACUAUUAUAUUUUAUAUUACUUUUACCAUUUACUUAACCGUAAGUGUGUUUUUUAAAUAGUAUUGAUAUAUUAAGAUUUGAAUAUAUAAGAAGCAUAAUAUAAUUUUUGCUAAUUAUUUUUAUUCAGUUCGACUUUUACAUUUAGAAUGCGUAGUUAAAUUUUGCCUUAAUUGCCCACAGAGACAUGUUAGAGCUGAAUCCUCAAUUUUCAAGUGACAGAUAAAAUGAAUGUCCUCUGGUUUGAGAACAAUCUCGAAUACUCAGGGAUAUUGGUUGAAUAUGCAUAGAAAAUAUUGCUUAGCAUUAAAUGCUUAACUGUUGAAGUUAAAUAUCAGUUUUCUUUUGAAUUUAGUGUAGUUAAUAAAACCACACUUGUAUAUUUUAAUGAUAUGGCUAGCUUUUAAACCUAGUAUCUUUUGUGAAACUACACAAAUUCUCUAAUUUUUUCAAAGAGUAUAUAUACAUAUUUUCAAAUCAGUUGGAAAAUUAAAGACAAUCAAAUGGUAUUUCUUUCUAAGUAUCAUUUAGAUUAGUUAGUAUCCAUCAUUAAAUAGUUUCAAAACUUGUGCCACAUGUGUCACUAACAAAUAUUUUGUAUAAAUAAUUGAAUUUCAGGUUUUUUCAGCUAUGUAUGAAAUGUGUUUAUAAUGAGAGUUGAUAGCAUUUUGAACAAGACUAAAAUUUUGUAUUGCAGAAGUCUUUUUUUUUUUUUUUUAAAUAUACUAUUGAUGUAUAAUAUAUAUUUAAAAGUUAUUACGCUGACUGCGUAAGAAGUGCAAUGCUAAUUUUGGAAAGAAAACUAUUAAUUAUAGCAUGCAAUUAUUUUUCUGCUAAGUAUUAGACAUAAAACUUUACAUCCUACCUAGUCUGCAAUUUAACUUCAAUAAAUUCUGUAUUUGGUUUUUCAUGGGCUAGAUUUCAUGCUGCUUUAAUUUAGCCCAAAAUAAUGUGAGUCUGUUUUUUAUUUAGGAGAGGGGAGAUUGAGACAAAGAAUUUCUCUUGUCCUAAAAUAAUAGUUUUUCUGGUGCUUCGUUUGAAAGUAUAUAUUUUUUAUGUUAAGGUUGGUGUUUUUGAAUUAGUUGAACGAAUAAUUUUAUGUCAGACUUACAGUAAAAAUAAAUUUUCCAUGCAUGGAAUGUUUUUAAUCAAAUAGGUUAAAUUUUUUAUUCAGAAAAUAAAGUGUGUAAUGUGUGGACUUCAUUUAUAGAAAGAUUAAUUCUUGAUUCAAGCUCUUUUUGUAAAAUAUGUUCAUAUGUUCCUCAUUAAAUCUCCCAUAAAAAUUUAAUUAUUAGUCAUCAAAACUUGAUUUAGCCUGUUAUAUAUUUAUCUUAAUUUUUAAAAAAAAUGGGAAUUUUUAUUGUAACAAUGUUUCUUAAACGUCGAACCUCUGAUCAAACAUUUUCCACUUAUCUUAGAAAUCAUAUGCACACAUGUUUUAUGACAAAUUGAAUGAUGCCUCUGUUUUAAUCUGCUUUAGUAAAGUUAUUUUAUUUAAAUGUUUAUUUUUGAAUGUAAUUUUUUAUGUAAUUAAUACUUUUUUUUACUAUUUUAUGCAUUUGGUGAUAGUUCAUGUUUACCUCUUUUAUAAGUCAUGCAUUGAUGUAUUCAUUUUUCAAGCUUUAAUAAAAUAAAAACUUAAGUGCUAAUUAUAUGCUUACAUAUACCUGUAAAAAAUACAUUAUCUUUUUGUGGCAUUAUAUUAUGCAUAAUUUAAACUUCUUAAAUUUUAAAGGAAUUUCUUUUUAAACUGCACUAGUCAUAAUGUCAAAAUAAAAACUGAGCUAAUCCCAGUGGAAUAAUUUAAGUUUUCAGAGUAUUCAUUAUAUUUUUAGUUUAAUAUAUAAUGAACCUUAUUUUAUUUGUUUACUAGUUUUACUUUUCCAUUGAUGUAGUUUAUUUGAUGUUUGCUUAGAAUAAUAUUUAUUUAAUGUAUGUUUUAUUUUAUUUAUAUAAAUUAUUGGUUGUGAAGAACAUUUUUGUUUUGAUCUAAUAUAAUAGUCAUAUGAAGAGUUUCUGAAUGCUAACUUUCUUAUUCAAAUAAAUCUUUGAUACUAUUUUGAUUGCAUUUUUAAGGCUAUAUUACCUUUUUUUAAAAUUUUUUAGCUUUAUUGAUCUAGUUUGCUUAAGAUUUAAAAGAGCAUCUUUUUUUACGUAAAUUAAAACAUUAAAAAUAAAAUAAGAUAAACUUUUAAGACAUGGACAUAUCCUCCAGUUGUACAAGCAUUACUCUCAGAUUUUUUCUAUUGUAUUUUUGUAGUGAAAAAGAAAAUUAUUUAUAAUUCCUAUUAGACAAGGUGCUAAAAUGGUUAAAAAAAAUUCUAUGUUUAGUGCUUGUAAUUGUUCUGACUGUAGUUAAAAAGUAAAUGAGUAUAGUCCAGUAGAACAUUUUGACAGAUUAGAAAUUUUGUAAUUUAUACACAUUCAAAGUUUAAAUCAAUUAAAAAUGUUAUGAAAAGAGUUAUGUUUAUUCUUUUCCUCUUUAUCGAAGCAACUUAAUUUUUCUUUGUUUAUAUUAGAAACAUUUUAAGUCUUUAUUAAGUUUCAAAAUUUGAGAAUGUGGUAUUCUUUCUUCAAAAAAAAAAACACUUGUAUUUUAUAAAUAAAAAAAAUUGCUUUAAUACUUUAUUUUUCCAUAGAAAAACUUGUGUAGCUUAAAAUAUAUAAUUUUCAUGCUGGUUGCUAUUUAUUGUUUUUGUAUUGUUCUCUCUGUGUUAAGUUAAGUAAUAAUAAUAAAUGCAAAAAAUUAAUCUAAUGUUCUACUUGCAUGGAAUUAAAAUUUUUAUUUCCAUUUAAGGUUAUUUGUAAAAUAUCUAUGUUGUCUAUUUCAGCACUAUAUGUGUAUUUAUAUAUGUGUACUUACAUAUGUAUGUAUAAUAUAUAUCUAUUCAGGGUGACAAUAAUUAAAAUAGAGAUGUUUGAAGUUAAAUAAAGAGUAGACUGUUGAACAAAACUGAACUUAUUUUGCAGUAGAUGCUAUUUAGUCAAUUUGAAUUUUAUAAGAAAAAAUCAGUUCAAUAUUUUUGCCACUGUGUACCUAGGUUAAUUUUUUUUACUUGCUAUAAUUUACCGCUAAAAUGGGUCGUAUUUUACCAUUUCGUUGCCAGGUGGCAAACAAAAUACUUUAUUUUUUAAAAUAAAAUUUCCAUGGUCCUACUCAGAGGUCCCCAAAUUUUCUUGUCUUUAGCACUGCUUGCUAUAUUUUUAGGCUCUUGGUUGACUGCUUGCCUGUCCAAUAUUGAAUUUUUUCAAAUUCAUCCUCUUAAAACCUGUUUUUAACAACUGGAAAAGUGGUAUUAAGUUUGAAAGAUUUCUGACAGUGCAAACACAAAAGUAAAAAAAAAAAACUAAUUUUACGUUUUAUAUAUUUUUCUAAUUGAAGUGUAAUUAAAACAAACCAAAUUAAAAUUUACUACCUCUUACAUAAAAUAACUAAGCAAAAUAUUAUUGCUUUUAGUAGGAGGAAUGAACAUUUUGUGUAAAUUUAAAUCAGAUAUAAUCUCUAUUCUUCUCAUUCCUUGGUUUUCUGUCUGUUUCUUGUUUCUGUCAGGAAAUUGACAAUCUCUCUGAAGCCCCUUUACUCCAGAUAUGAAGAUGGAAACCAAUUAAAAACUUUCUCCCAAUCUUUUAUAAUAUUGUGUAAGUGAAAGAUAUCUUUUUGAUUUUUGCUGCUAUUAAUUUCUAAAUUGUACAAUAAAUUCUCCUAUAGUUCUCCUGAUCAAUUUGUCUUGAAAAACAAUGACAUCCUUUUUUUCCAGCUAACGAGUUGCCACAUACUACAAUUAAAAGUGGAAAAAUAUUUUUUAUUGUUUUAAAUUUUGAAUAUGUGUUCCUAAUUAAAUUGUUUUAUUGCGAUCUAUUAUUGUAGACCCUCAGCUUUCCUUUUGCUGUAUCAGGCUUUAAACACCUCUAAUUUAAUUAUGACCACCCUUUAUAUGUAUACAUAAAAGCGCCACUUAUUAUUUUUUUAUUAUUUUAAACAUCAACUAACUAGCAAAAGAACUUGACACACAGAACUGUUCCUAUGAGGUUGCAACAUUAUAUUUAAAGAAGUGAUAUAUAUGUUUAAAAAAUAUAAUUUGCCUGAAAAAUGAUAAAAAUAGGUAAAUUAGUAUAUAUCAGAAAAGCUUGUUUUCUAUAACUUUUGUGGUGUUAAAUCAGAUUUAUUAAAUCUUGUUAUAACAGUCGCAUUCCAAUUUACAAACUCAAACAUUCCAAACUUGACUGGUAAUGAGUAUGACUUUUUUAUGAUCUUGUUUAUACUUUUAUUUUGAUAUGAAUGUAUAUUAAUACUUUGAAUUACAGUUUAUUGUUAUUCAAAGUAAGAUUUUACUAUUUAAAGCUAUUAAGUGUUUAUCAGAAUUCAUUAUUGUUUUAUUGUACUUAAUAGUAUAAAAAAGUGUUUAUAAGUAUUUCUUUGCAAAAUGUAUUUUAAUGUAUUUUUUCAAGGUCGCUUUGAUCUGGAUUUGAUAAGUUUGUUUUUAUUAUUUUGACAUUUUACAUUUUCAUAUUACAUAUUUGGAGUUGGAUCAAAUAUUAAAAACAUCCUUAAACAGAUUUUCAAAAGUUGUAAAACUGUAUAUAAUUUUGUAAAGCUAUGCAUGUUAUGUAACAUGUGAAUCAUAUAUUUUUAAUGCAUAGUUUUGUAAAAAAAAAUAUUUAAUAAAGUGUUAAGAGGAAAA